GACAUUGGCACUUGCGCCUCGCAACCCGGUCCCAAUGCCGGGCAUGAUCACCGCACAGGACAUCAAUAUUGAUCAAUCCCGGCAGUCUACAAUUCCACAUUUCUUCAGCAGACAGGGUGAUCAUGAGGGUGAGGGUUGCCAUGUUGCCACGAACAUGGCGAGAGCGGCCGAUUGGGAAGCAGCUUUUCCACAAUGGGCGAAACAAAGUGGAAUACCGCCAACAGUGGGCCACGGCCCGAUUCAACAGCCUUACAAGCAGCAAUACACACAAGUACAGAAGCGCAGCUACAAACGAGCUUGCCGUCGUGUUGUUCUGACAGGACAAACAUGGUACAAAGGUCAAUGCUUGCGCACUCAGGACUUCCCCGCCAAAUUGGUGCAAUCGUUUCAAUUGCCAGAAGGACAUCGACCAGGACCCAACCUAAUGCCACAUCACCACAAGCACAAACCACGAAUUCGGAUCCUACAUUGGAACCCGGGUGGCAUGAGCCAAAGCACCUUUCAGGAGCUCAGGCACUGGCUGCAAAGCAACCCUGUGGACUUGGUAAUCAUCUCUGAGACCCGCUGGGGUUUUGAGGCCUGUUGGAAUGACAAGGACUGGUCGUACGUGCACAGCCCUUCAGACCACGCCAAGUCGGGAGGACUAUUGGUCAUGAUCGCUAAACGAUGGACUGCGUCUGACAACAUUGGUUACAACAUUGUGCACCCUGGACGGCUCUUACACAUUCGAUUGCAUUUUGCAAAACGAGCCACUGAUGUGAUUGCAGUUUAUCAGUUUACGGACUAUCGCACCACAGAUAUGCACCUGUUCAAGGAACUUCUGCAAUCUCAAGGACUUGUUGCGCUGAACACUUGGCAAGAUGCUGGCUACACAUAUCAACAUGGCAUGUAUGCAUCUCGCAUUGACUUUUUGAUCACUCGUUUGAAUGCAUGUGAUGGGCCUGCAAUUUUGCACAACGGAUCCAAUGCCGACAAGCACAACUGCAGGAUACCAGCCAAUGGCAUCAGCUCCAAGCGCACCUACACGAGGACAGUUGCAGCCCAAAUGAGAUCUCCUCCUACAGCCACCCUCAUGGGCGGCCUACAGCUGUUUCUGGACCUAACAAAAGCUUUCGACCGUGUCCACAGGCAGUUGGAUCGCCACAUGAUCAAUAUUGGACAUUUGCUGGAUUGUAUUGAAGACUUACAACUUCAGCUCUCUUACCAGAAAUCCUAUGUCAUUUUGGCCACAACAGGGAGCAACCAACGAGGUGCUAUGAAAAGCCGUUUCAAGCGAACCAACCGUGAGACCUUUGCCUUGUUUCCACGGCGCGAUGGCAGCAAAACGGAGCUACCCUUGCGCAGUCAUGGGAUUUACCUUGGCACCGUGAUGUCAUACCACGCCUUUGAACUGCAGACAUGGCACCACCGUCGAAGAGUGCCCAUUGGACCUGGGGAUGAUGAUGGCCAGCAGAUGCAGGCCAGUGGUAGCUCACAGGCUGAGUCAUCCAACUACCAUGUCACCAUACAGCCGUUCUGGACGGAGCUCAAGGACAAGAUCCAGCGCCAGGCGUGGCAGGAAGUUGCUGAGAUUCCAGCUGCAAGUCAGUACCUUCCACACUCAUGUAUGGUGUGCGGCAUUUGGAACAAUCGCUGCCAAGAAAUGAAUGGCCACUACCGGCUUCACCACCCGGACCUGACGCAGGGUAUUUUUACCAAGUCAGCGCAGAUCACGAAGCUGAUGCCAAGCACUAGUCCAUGCGUGCUUUGCAAGACACCCUUCAAGCGAGGGCACAUGUGCAAAGUGGCCACUCAACUGGCGGCUCUGGCUCUGCAUUGCCUGGACCUCACCUUCAACCAGUUAUGCUGUGAUAUUUGUGCCAUGGAGUUCGAAACCACAGCCCAAUUACAUGCUCACCUCAGUUCUGACCAUGAAGUUCAAAUCCACGACUGGAACGCUGCCAGGGACUCUCUCCCGGAGAGCAAUGGAUGUAGUCACUGUGGCCAAAUAUAUGCCACACGUGCAGGACUGCGUCGUCACAUAACUGACGGGCGCUGCCCGUUCUUUGAGCCGAUGGCGUCCAACACGCCACUGAAUGCGGCAGCCAAAUGGGCCCUGAAUCUCCAGUCAGGCGCCAUUUCGACCACCGGCUUGCCAGCCCAACAGAGGCUUCAGUUGACGCUACACUGCCAGUUCUGCGGGGAGGUGUACUCAAGAAGCAAUGACUUAAGCGCGCAUCUCCAACAGACGCACGCACAGCUCUGGGCUCAGUCAGGUGAAAUGGUCCGCUUCCUAUUGCAGACGUUGACUCCAUAUGUGGGCUGCCUUUGCAACCCUUCCACCCAUGAUGUGAGCCGUACCCACAUUUGCAAUGUGAUCAGACAGAUGUCCAUGAUUUUUCUGACCAGUGAGCAAGACCUCCUGAUCCCCUGGCAUUUCAGUGACGCUGAUCUGCGCAUGGCCUACAGACACCUGCUGCCCAACCCACAUGUGGACAUGAUGCUCAAUGUGCUGGUCGACAAUCAGCCCAUGAUGGAUCAAGCAGAUACGGAGCUGCUGAACUCGUUUGCGGCGCUGGGACCCUUGCUGGUGCAGGCCAGUCAGUACCACCGCUCAAACGACGACGAACCCAAUCCCAAAAAACACCGCCAUGCCAUGGUGAAGCAGGAGGACGAGCAAGGCCCAACCAAGAAAGCACUCCUGGGCAUGGUGAAACUCAUGGCACAGGUCAUCAUCCAGCACGACAAGGCCAUCCAGAUGCAACACAGACAGACCUGUUUCGUUUUGUUCGUCCAAACCAAUCCCGGCAGUGCUCUGGGGGUGCUGACACAACAGGCCCUAGCCUGGAAGACGCAGAAGAGCACCGACCAGGCCAAUCCAUUGACCCUGAGGACCUUCCUGUUGAGGAGCGUCAUCCUGGAGCUGCAAACGAGACUGGUGAAGCUUUCACAGAGCUCACAGGGCAAUCCAAUCUGGGACACGGCCGUCCAAGAGGGAGUGAUCCUGGCGGACGGCUCUUGGCCGUAUCAACAUUGGUGUCACAAGGAGAAGAAGCUGAUCCGAGGAGGGGCAGGUCAUGCGCUUUCACAGCCUGAAGCCGCAGACCACGGUGGUGCCAUGGAUGAUCGAGGUGAGCCUCAGAGAAACCGAAAUGUGGAACACCCUGAUGGGCAUGACGCAGUCAACGCUGUGGACGCUGGUCGGAGCCUCACUCAAACAGCACUCACAGGCGACGAGCAGACCGACCCAGAUGCUGGAGCAAUUGUUGAUGGGCCCGAAAGGCAAGGGCCAGGGGAAGGGCAAGAAGAAGAGUACUUGAGCAGGCAGGCACGCAACGCUUUGCGUGCUGCCCUGACCAAUCUUGUCCUGGACAACUCCAGUCACCUUUGCUAUGCCAAUGCUGCGGUGUCUUGCUUUCUUUGGGCCAGUCUGAGCUGGCACGGGGAGCUUGGCAUGAGUGCAGGUCUGCUGCGCCCUCCAGAGGUCUUUUGUGUUCACUUGGAAAGGAUGGUGCAAACAUCCAAAGGUGCACUCUACAAGAUGCAGACACCCAUCAUUUUCACAGGAAACAUUCAGGUACCAGUGUUCCAAGGUAACACACUGGAAUGCAGAUGGGAGGCCUACCAGGCGGUUGCGGCCUUUGCACACUAUGGUGAGUCAAAUGCUGGCCAUUAUCGCGCGCUCUUGCGCACUGAGCCAGGGCAUGUUGGCCUUGAUGCUACAGCAUAUUGGCUGGACUGCGAUGACUGCAGGAAGCCCAAGCCCUGCACGUAUAUCCCAGAGGGAUUCAUGGCUGGGGUCACAUGUGUUUGGCUGUGCCGCACGGAUCUCAUCGAGUUGCAUGACUGGCACCAGCCGCCCAAUGCCACCACGCCAGACACCACGUUGCUGCACUUGCUGACUGGUGAAAUCGAAACUGAUGCCAUUUUGGUGCAACCUAUCCCAGCAUUUUGCUCCUUGCCUAGCCGGCGCAUUCGACCUUGCAUGGCACGGGACUUAUUGACGUCCUCGUGCACUUUUCAGGAAUUUGAGAAGAGCCAACCAUUUGCCUUUUGCCUAGCCGGCGACAUCUCGAUAUUGCACGCCAUUUUGGCGCUGAUGCCUCUAUCAGGACCUGACCUGCUCAACCACUCCAAAGCACCAAGUCUGAACCUGCUGCACAUGCACCCG